UCGAGUUGCACGUGCAUUCGCGGAGCUGCGAGAGCCCGGUGCGCGCGCGAAAGCGGGCGCUUGCGAGAGAGCGUACGAGAGAGAGAGGGGGAGAGGAAGCUCGAAGUAACGCGAAGAUAUUUUCUCGUCGGAGAACGCGUUUCUCCGAGAUCAUUGUUACCUUUUCGCGCGAAUCACUUCAAUAGCUUUUUUCUCUAACAUAUACCCUUCAACUCUCUAUAUCAUUCCCCCCUACUUGUUCUCACCCUUUUUCUCCGACAUUUAUCUCUCUCUUUCUCAUUCUCCAUUCCCCUCCGACUUCAAUUUUUAUAUAAACGAUCGCUUGAGUUGUUGUCGUUAUAUUAUAUUAUUGUGACGUGAAAAAUUUAGUCGUGCUUCGGAAAAUCUACUGAGAUAGAGUCAUCAUUGAGAAUCAAGAGCUACCAACAAAGACAUUUCAACGUGAAUCACAGACAAGGCGAUAAAAUGACUAUGGAUGGGAGCAAGAGCGAGUCGGGCAAGAACGGGGCUACUCAACAAGAAUGCGCGGGCUGUGGAAAGGCGAUUACAGAAAGGUACCUUCUGAAAGCGUUGGACAUGUAUUGGCACGAAGACUGCUUGAAAUGCGGAUGUUGCGACUGCAGACUUGGCGAAGUCGGCUCGACGCUUUAUACCAAAGCCAAUCUCAUCCUUUGCAAAAGAGAUUAUCUACGGCUUUUCGGAAAUACCGGUCACUGCGCAGCAUGCAGCAAAGUUAUCCCAGCAUUCGAGAUGGUGAUGCGGGCGAGAACUAACGUUUAUCACUUGGAGUGCUUUGCUUGUCAACAAUGCAAUCAUAGAUUUUGCGUGGGCGACAGAUUUUAUCUCUGUGAUAACAAGAUUCUCUGCGAAUACGAUUAUGAAGAGAGGCUGGUUUUCGCCAAUAUGGCUCUGCAUCCUCCACCUACCGCGACUUUGGCGCACAUCAAGAGACAAGUGACUCAUCUUCAGCCACCUCAGAACGUAGCCGCGGGUGGCCCUCAACGACAGGCGAACGGGGAGGCGGCCCAUAACCACAACGGAUAUCCAGCGCCAGCCAGCUCGAGCGCCCAUAACGUCCUGAACCCCAUGAAUAAUUUAAACGGUAUCAAUGCGCAAGCAUCGUACGAUGCCAAAUGACAAACGAAGUAAGCACCGAUAUAUCGAUUGAGUCGCGCGAUGGGGGAAGGGACGACUCGUGGAAUCUCGUGUCGUUCUCAUUGUCUUCGUGGUUUACCAUGUCGAUCGUUCAAACCCGUAAUUUUAGCAUGUGACUCGCGGCAAAUUGCGCGUAUAAUCGAAUAUCCCUUAACUAUCGAAAGAUCGUUAAAUUAUCGAUAUCAUGCGAUGGUGGAAAAAGUGUUACCGCGCACGGAUAUACAUAUUAUAUAUUCGCAUUAUAUUAUAUAUUUCGAAUACGGUUCGCUUCUCGUCGCGAACUAGACGAAAUUCAAUUUUCGUGUAAAUAAAGAAAAAAGAUAUGACAAAAAUGAAUAACACAGGAUAUAUCGCGACGUUUUGUUAAAAGAGGAACAAGUAUAUAAAAUUUUCUAAAAAACUGCAAAAAAAUUGCGGAGCAACUGUAUCUCCUACGUCAUCUCGUAUAUCAUUUGACAAACGUAUUUUCCGGACGAAUUAUUAUUCCGUCUUUGAAUAUAGAUUUUCCAAUACAAGAUAGAUCGUGAGGGAAGAAUAUAUAAAUCCGAAAUAUGUCUUUCGUUCUCUCACUUAAUUAGAUUCAUAUAUCUGAGACGUCGAAUAGACUCGUCUUCCCCACGCUCGACUGGUUAGACGAUAAAUAAGUAGAUAGAUAAAUAGAUGAGUAGAUAGUAGAUAGGUAACAAACAUCUAUCGGCCAAUUAUGGCAAAUUAUUGGUGCUCUUUAGAUUAUAAUUGAUCGAGUGUUUGAGCGAUCCAGUUUAAACAAAUAAAAAAACCGCUGAAACAAAUUGCUAAGAAAAAAUUUUAAAAAUAUAUAUAUAUAAGGCCUGCAUGAAAAUCUAUGGACUAGAAAAAUAUAUCGCGACUUCUUCCGGAUUUACUCGCUUUCACAAAAUCCUUAUAUUGACAUCUAUCCACUUCCGGCCAGUCCAAGAUAUCUUUAACAACAGCCGUGUCAUACGAGAAACCCGAAACUUCGGGGUAGUAAUAAAGUUUAGUGUCUAACGUUUAAUGCUCGCCUCGCCUAGGGCGGCAUCUCGGUGAGAUGGUACGCAGGAUGACCCUUGGUGGGUCCUGCCGAACGAAGGCGAGCAUCGGGAAUCAGCAGAUCGAAUCGGCGGCUUUCGAGAGAGAGAAGCAGUGCAAGCAGCAACUGCUCGCCACCCCAUGGGACUCAUACGUUAAGGGUGACUUAAGCAUUGUUUCAACUUCGAAUCUCCCGGCAGAGGCCCAGAUUGAUGUCGCGAACUUUUCCGUUGCCUUAUUUGCGAGUCAGAUAACGAGGCUGAGUUAUGCCAAAAGUUCUGUCUCGCGCUCUCCUUCUCUCUCUCUCCGACCCGGGCCAUGCUGAUCGUAUCGGAUCACGAGGAAUACCCGUAGUCGGGAAGAAUGUUUUAUUUCCUCCCUUAGCUCUUCGGGGAUUCGUCGUCGAUGCCAAAAGUACCUAUGUCGAGCGGUAAUAGGCUAGCAGCUGCGUCGGAAAACUGCUGAAGACUAUUCUUCAGAGGCGCGACCUUCACGAUUUCUCUCCGGCCGCAAUAUAACGAG